AUGAUCAUGCAUCCAUUUGAAGAGUUUCUCGAUAUAGGGCCGGAUGAUGAGGUAGAAGACCACGCAGCCACGCUGCCGAUGACUUUUGUCCAGCACCUCCUCGAUAAUGUUCACGGAUGGGUGAAGCCUGGUAUGCUCGGUGCCCUGAUGGGUUCCUCUGGCGCCGGUAAAACCACCCUUCUCGAUGUGCUCGCUCAGCGCAAAACCGAGGGUACCCGCAAGAUCGUGAAGCUCAAGCAAGUCAAUAAUGACAUCCACAAUGGGCAGCGAAAGCGCGUGACCAUUGGCGUGGAACUGGUUGCAAAACCCAGUAUCCUGAUCUUCUUGGAUGAGCCCACCAGUUGUCUCGAUGGCCAACGCGCGUACAACACUGUCAGAUUCCUUGGCCGACUGGCAGAUGCUGGACAGGCUGGUCUAGUCACCGUUCACCAGCCAUCUGCACACCUUUUCGCUGAGUUCGAACAGCUUCUUCUUCUGGCUAAAGGCGGCAGGACUGUGUACUUUGGUCCCAUCGGAGAGAAUGCCGCCGCUAUCGAAGACCAUUUCUCGCGCCAUGGGGCGCCAUGCCCGCCUGAGACCAACCCUGCUGAAUGA